AUGACCUUAGCACCCUUAAGCGCCCAGAAAGUUAAAAUUAUCACCACAGAGCACCCAUCGGCGCCAAAACCAAAUGAUCAAUUGGUGUUUGGCAAGAGCUUUACUGACCAUAUGCUAACUGUGGAGUGGAGUUCCGAAAAAGGGUGGGGUACCCCAGAGAUCAAGCCCUAUCAAAACUUGUCAUUGGACCCUUCUGCAUUUGUUUUCCAUUAUGCGUUUGAAUUAUUCGAAGGGAUGAAGGCUUACAGAACGGUGGAUAAUAAAAUCACAAUGUUUCGUCCAGACAUGAAUAUGGAGCGCAUGAACAAGUCUGCACAAAGGAUCUGUCUGCCAACGUUUGACCCAGAAGAAUUGAUUACCUUGAUCGGUAAGCUAAUCCAGCAAGAUAAGCACUUGAUUCCAGAAGGCAAGGGUUACUCUUUAUACAUCAGGCCUACAUUAAUUGGCACUACUGCUAGUCUAGGGGUGUCCACGCCUGACAAGGCCUUGCUCUAUGUUAUCUGUUCUCCUGUGGGUCCAUACUACAAGACUGGUUUCAAGGCGGUUAAACUGGAAGCCACCGAUUAUGCCACAAGAGCUUGGCCAGGAGGCUGUGGUGACAAGAAGCUAGGUGCAAAUUAUGCUCCCUGUGUUCUCCCACAAUUACAAGCAGCUUCAAGGGGCUACCAACAAAAUUUGUGGCUCUUUGGCCCCAAUAACAACAUUACUGAGGUGGGUACCAUGAACGCCUUUUUUGUGUUUGAAGAUAGCGAAACAGGCAAGAAGGAGCUAGUUACUGCUCCACUGGAUGGCACCAUUCUAGAAGGGGUUACUAGAGACUCCAUUAUACAUCUUGCAAAGGAGAGACUCGACCCAAACGAAUGGACUAUUAGUGAACGCUACUGCUCCAUAGGUGAAGUCGUAGAGAAAUCCAAGAACGGUAAUCUAUUGGAGGCCUUCGGUUCUGGUACUGCUGCAAUUGUUUCUCCCAUCAAGGAAAUUGGCUGGAAGGGUGAACAAAUUAAUAUUCCGUUGUUGCCAGGUGAACAAAGUGGUCCAGUAACUAAGAAAUUUGCACAAUGGAUUAAUCAAAUUCAAUACGGCGAAGUCAAACAUGGGAACUGGUCGAGGGUUAUAACCGAUUUGUACUGA